UGAGAAGUGACCUCUGCAACCGGAGCCGGGCGAGCGCCUCGUCCUGCGGCCCUGGCGAUGGGCAGCGGCUGGGACGUGUGCGCGCUGCUCGCCGCCGCGCUGCUCGCAGCCCAGGCUUUCCCCCAGACAAACAUAAAGAUCAGCCAAGCCAUGCCAGAGCCUGUCCACGCCUACUCCUGCCCACUCUUCUGGACUGAGUACGAGGGGCAUUGCUACCGGUACUUCCCCAUCAACAAAACCUGGGCUGAAGCGGACCUCUAUUGUGCCGAGUUCUCCAUUGGCAUCAGAUCAGCCAAGCUGGCUUCCAUCCACAGCUGGGAAGAAAAUGUCUUCGUGUAUGACCUGGUGAACAGCCGUGUGCCUGGCAUCCCCACCGACAUCUGGACAGGGCUCAACGACCUGCGGCAGGAGGGUCACUUCGAGUGGACGGAUGGCUCCUCCUACGACUACCACUACUGGGAUGGCAGCCAGCCCGACGACGGGAUUCACUCGAUCCCCGAGGAGGAGGACUGCGUGCAGAUCUGGUACAGGCGCAGCAGCGCGCUGCGCUCCUGGAAUGACAACGCCUGUGGCAGAGCCUUCCCCUUCGUCUGCAAGAUCCCCUCGCUGGCCCUGGACUGAGGCUGCUGGCUCUGCCUCCACCCCUUUCAUUUCGGGUCACCUCUCCAGCCGUGCCGGGGAAGAACAGCCAGGACGUGGCACGGGUGAUGAGAUCCGUGGAGCUGCUCAGCACCCUGACCAGCCUUCAGCUGCAAAACCACUGCUGGCAGUGCCGUGGGGAUGACUGCAGCACUCGCCCACCUCAUAGGCAAACGGUGCUGAGAGCUGUGCUAAACAGUGAAGGAGCCCCCGAGCCUGCCUUUGGGUGUCAGAUCUGCUCUCUCAGUGUAUUAGAGGUAACCCAUGAUUUCACCAAUACACUGAAGUGCUAGCACCAAAAAUAGCUGUGUGUAGGAAAUGAUUUUGCCCGUUGAUGUGUGGAAAGUGGAGGAAAA